AUGUCGUCUUUCCCGGAGCUGUAUUUUAACGUAGAUAACGGCUACCUAGAAGGCUUGGUCCGCGGUUUUAAGGCGGGGGUGCUCCGGCAGGGUGACUACGUGAACUUGGUGCAGUGCGAGAGCCUGGAGGACUUGAAACUGCACCUCCAGAGCACAGACUAUGGGAACUUCCUUGCCAACGAAGCCUCCCCACUCACUGUCUCUGUCAUAGACGACAAGCUGAAAGAGAAGAUGGUGGUGGAGUUCCGUCACAUGAGGAACCAUGCCUAUGAGCCUCUAGCAAGUUUUCUGGACUUCAUCACGUACAGCUACAUGAUUGACAAUGUCAUUCUGCUGAUCACUGGGACUCUGCACCAGCGUUCCAUCUCCGAACUAGUGCCCAAGUGCCAUCCUCUGGGAAGUUUCGAACAGAUGGAAGCUGUGAACAUUGCUCAGACGCCUGCGGAGCUCUACAAUGCAAUCCUGGUGGACACUCCCCUGGCUGCUUUCUUCCAAGAUUGCAUAUCUGAACAGGACCUGGAUGAAAUGAAUAUUGAAAUAAUUCGAAACACGCUGUAUAAGGCUUACCUGGAGUCCUUCUACAAGUUCUGCAAGGUGCUGGGAGGUACCACAGCAGAUGCUAUGUGCCCAAUCCUGGAGGUAGGUCUGGAAAGAAGGGCCUUCAUCAUCACUAUUAACUCAUUUGGGACUGAGCUGUCCAAGGAGGACCGAGCAAAGCUGUUCCCGCACUGUGGCAAGCUCUACCCUGAGGGCCUGGCUCAGCUGGCCCGGGCAGAUGACUAUGAACAAGUCAAGAAUGUUGCUGACUACUACCCUGAGUACAAGCUGCUGUUUGAAGGGGCUGGCAGCAACCCUGGAGACAAGACCCUUGAAGACAGGUUCUUUGAGCAUGAGGUGAAGCUGAACAAGCUGGCUUUCCUCAACCAGUUCCACUUUGGAGUCUUCUAUGCCUUUGUGAAGCUGAAGGAGCAGGAGUGCCGCAACAUUGUGUGGAUCGCGGAGUGCAUUGCCCAGCGGCACAGGACCAAGAUUGACAACUACAUUCCCAUCUUCUAACCCCGCUUUGCUUCUCUCUGACCCUCCUGCCCCUGGGAUGUGGAGGGACCCCUGUCUAACUCCCUGAGUUAUCCCUUGCCCAGACUCCAGGGAUGUCCUGUCUGUGGAACUGACUCAGAUAAGGAGACUGUACAGUUGC